GGAAACAUUCAUGCUGUAGAAUUCACGCCACCGGACAACAAAAGAGUAACAAUUGUUCGCUGCUGUUUUAGAGCAAGAAAUGUAUGGCUCGACUUUUGCUAUUCAGUAAUGGCAUCUACAAGGAUGCUCAGAUUAAACUUCAUGCAAGGCAUCGUUUUCCUUAUGAUAGCAUCUGCAGUUACGCCUAAUCGGCUUGAAAAUCAAAGAAUAUCAACUACCGGUAGUCGACCUGGAAAUUACACUGGAACAAAAUGUGACGCGAUCCAUCACUUGUGCCACUAUCCCCAUGUGUGCAUGUGUUUCUGGCAUCUGAGACUUGGACCCUGGAGAAAUGACUGGUAUCACUUUAAUUCGCUAACACAUCACUGUGACCCCGGAGCAGAGUCAUUCAAUUGCAACGGUUUCUCAAGCUACGACGAAUGCAAUAAACGUUGCCAUUUCUCCAAGAAUUCGACAAGGCGGAAAAAACGUCAUUAAAGUUUCACUGCAUUUCAGUAACAUUGCUUUUCAAUGGAAGUAAUUAAACCCUUCUAAGCACUUU